UGAGAUCAUUGCGACGCAGUCACGCGCGUUACAGUUGUCGUCAAUUCGCGACAUGCGUCACCUGCAUCGCAAAACAGGAAAGAACACACAAAUACAACGACCCUAGAAAGCUACCAUAACUUCGAGGCUUGGAAGGCACCAAGCUCAUUGCAUCAUGCGUGCGUGCAUGGAGGGGGCUGGAGGGGCGUGAUGGCGGUGACGGGGGCGGAUGCGUCAUCGCACUCGUAGCAUCCCAGAGGUCCAACAUGCCUCCACGGUUUCCAGAAGAGGUGGACGUGUUCACAGUCCCCCAUUCCAGAAUGAAAUACCUCGUCCAGAUGUAUCGAAAUCAGCUCUCCACCACCGACUUCAACAACGCGGCCGAGAUGGCCUGCUUCCUCUCGUCGCUGCUGGAGACGUUCAAGGAGUUCCAGCAGCACGAGCAGAUCGAGAACCACUUCAUCAUGGACCGGCUGAAGCGGCGUCUGAGCGCACUCUCCGUCUACAACUCGGCCGUGUGCAGCUGUCACCAGGACAACCGACUCACAGAGAUGCUGGAGAUGGUGCAGAACGGCGUGGCGGGCGAGCACGGCUCGGAGCGCGAGCGACAGCUGUUCCGCUGUCAGCUGCGGCAGAAACUGGACGAGUUCACAGACAACUUCCUGCCGCACAUGGAGGAGGAGGAGCAGAUCUUCCAGCCGCUGCUGAUCAAGUACUUCGACUACGACGAGCUGCGCGAGCUGAAGCAUGACGUGCUGCAGAACCACCACCUGUCCGAAAAGGCCGACCUGCCGGAGAAGGGGGCCGAGUCGGCGGUGCCGCCGCCGCCGGUCGCUGUGCCGCGCCUGCCGCCGGAGCUGCUGACGCUGAUCUUCGCACAGCUACGGCCGGCCGAGCGGGCCGCCUGUGCGGCCGUGUGCCGCCGCUGGCACGCCGCCUGCCUGGCGCCCUCGCUCUGGACCAGCCUGCGCCCGGUCCUUGCCGGCACAGGUGCACGCGUGUCGACGAAGGGCGACGUCAUCGACGAGCUGAUGCUGGAGUCUGCCUCGCUGAAGCUGCGGGACCUGGACGCCGACGUGGACGAGUGUGAGCCGGCGCCGUGGCCCGGCCAGCGUCAGGACUCGGUCGUCACCGCCCAGCGGCGCAUGCUCAAAAGGCGAGCCACCGGUGCCGCCGACCGCCGGAGGGCUACUGAAUGGGGCCGGGAUGACUGUGGUGUCGGCGAGUGCCACAAGGUCAACCAGAUGAUGCCAGAUGAUGAUGAUGCAGAUGCAGAGUCCGGUGCUGACUGGGGCGUGUUUACAGUGUGA